UCAGCCAGCGUGGGAAAGCAAGGGAAAAAAAAAGUUGGGGGGGGGGGGAAAGAGGCGAGCUGCUGCUGCUCCCAGCCUGAGCAGAGGCCGCGAGCGAGCGGCGCAGAGCGAGCGCAGCCGGCGAGCGCCGAGCCGAGCGGCGGCGCCGGGGCCGGUGCCCGACGCGCGGCGGCAGGCGGCGGCCGGCGGGCGCGGCGGGGCCGCUGGCGCGGGGCUCCCGGCCGCGGAUUUUACUCCGUUUUUUCCCUUUUCCGCGGGCGGCGCGGGGGCGGGCGGCAGCCGCCUGCUGCGGGAAGGUGCAGCCGGCGGCGGCGGGAGGAUGCGAGCCGAGGGCGGCCGAGCCGCGGAGCAGCUACCUGUGUGGCCCGGGGGGCCGCUGCUGGGACCUGCUGGAGACGUCGCCAUGUGAAGGGGCAGACCCCGGCCGGCUCCACACCCCGCCUCGCUCAAUGGGAGGUUUGUUUUAGGGAGGACUCACCCCCUCCCUCCCCCCCGGGGCUGAAGAUUAUUUGGGGAUUUGGUGGCGGCGGAGGCAGCACACCAGAUCUCCUUGGCUUUGCGCAGACGAUGCUCCCCAAGACUGCAUGGUAGUUCCUGGUGGCUGAGGCAGGAGGCACAUCGAGGCCUGUACAGAGGAAGGACGGGAGCCGGAGGGCAAGGACUUCCUACUGCUCCUCGAGCAGAGGUACCAACUGUGUGGCGUAUCUGCAACACGAGCAAAAUACUCGUUUUCGGAAAGCAGGCGAGAGCGGGAGGCACGCCUGAGGCACUCCAGGAGCAGGAGGAAGAGCGGCGGCGCCAGCAUGGAUAAGGACAGCACCAACCUGGCUGACGGGCAGUACGAAUGCGUGGCUGAGAUCGGUGAGGGAGCCUACGGGAAGGUGUUCAAGGCCCGAGACUUGAAGAACGGAGGCCGCUUUGUGGCGCUGAAGCGGGUGCGGGUGCAGACCAGCGAGGAGGGGAUGCCGCUGUCCACCAUCCGUGAGGUGGCGGUGCUGAGGCACCUGGAGACCUUUGAGCACCCCAACGUGGUCAGAUUGUUUGACGUGUGCACCGUGUCACGAACAGACAGAGAGACCAAGUUAACAUUAGUGUUUGAACAUGUGGAUCAAGACUUGACUACUUACUUGGAUAAAGUUCCAGAGCCCGGAGUACCUACUGAAACUAUAAAGGAUAUGAUGCUUCAGUUGUUUCGGGGACUGGAUUUUCUGCAUUCACAUCGCGUGGUACAUCGAGACCUGAAACCCCAAAAUAUCCUUGUAACCAGCAGUGGGCAGAUAAAGUUAGCUGACUUUGGCCUUGCACGAAUCUACAGUUUUCAGAUGGCUCUAACCUCAGUGGUUGUUACUUUGUGGUAUAGAGCUCCUGAAGUUUUGCUUCAGUCCAGCUAUGCAACACCAGUUGAUCUUUGGAGUGUGGGCUGCAUAUUUGCAGAAAUGUUCCGUCGAAAGCCGCUCUUUCGUGGAAAUUCAGAUGUUGAUCAGCUAGGAAAAAUCUUUGAUGUAAUUGGACUCCCAGCAGAAGAGGACUGGCCUAAUGAUGUUGCCCUUCCGAGAAAUGCUUUCACUUCCAGACCCGCACAACCUAUUGAAAAAUUUGUACCAGAUAUUGAUGAACUGGGCAAAGACUUACUUCUGAAAUGCUUAGCAUUCAAUCCAGCCAAGAGAAUAUCUGCCUAUGUUGCCUUGUCUCACCCGUAUUUCCACGACUUGGAGAAAUGCAAGGAGAAUCUGGACUCGCACAUGUCAUCCAGCCAAAACUCCAGUGAGGUGAAUGCAUCUUAAUGCUGACUGAAGACGAACCUAUAAAUGAACCAGACAUGUAGCUGACAAGGCCACUGCCCUGUAUAAACCACAUAGCUGUUCCAGUGAAGGUCAUUAUUUGGAGGUUUUACAUGCCUAUCUCUUAUUUUGGGAUUGUGAUGUGCUUAUCCAAGGAAAUCAAUCUAGUUUACUUUCAUCAGAGCAAUGCAAGGGCCAGGGCUUUCACCUGUUCCCAUUGCAGCUUUAUGUUUGCUUUGUUUUUGUUUUGUUUAUCUACCUGGGAAAACUCCAGAUGAAGAGAAGCUGCUGACCAGUUUUGCUGCCAUUUUAUUCUUUUAAUAUUGAAUGCUGCCAGUGUGGAGUAGGAUAAUCGAGUCACUGCCAAAACAUGAUGCAAUCUCUCUCUCUAGCUGCUGAAGCAUGAUUUGGUACUUUUUUUUUAUUAUUAUGUGAUAUCUUACAGUGAUAUUUAAAGAACGGCAUUGAAAUAUCAGAGCUCUGCAACCUGCAGUUAACUGAUACGUACGUUAACACAUCCAGCUACUGUUUGCUCAUAGCGUAUAUGCAGGUGCUUUCCCACGUGAAAACUCGGAUGGAUAAUUUUACCAUUUCAUUGCUCUAUAAAAAUAACAAUGAUGGUGGUCAUCAUAAUAAAUGUCUCAACUUUUAGGGUUUUUUUGUACACAAACGAGUUACUAUCUAGCUGAGUUUGUGUCCAUACUGCAAAAACCAGGGUUUUAAAAAAUUUCUAGGGUCUUGUUCUCUACUGACCCUUUUGGUUUCCAAAUGCUUCGUUUGUGUUGAAAUCCAUGCACAUGCUAACCCAUCCUCGAACCUGUCAUUCCUCUCAGAAAACAGCUGCAAGCACAUUUUCUCUAUCUCAUUCAGAAUUUUCUGGUAUGCAGCUCAAAGAUACGAAGGGAGACAGUGCAAAUCAGUACCGGCUUUCCCCUUUAACCUGUUCUCAUUAUCAGCCAAAAAAGAAACAUAGAGAAAACAUUUUCAGUUUAGAAGCAGAGAAUUCUAUACCUACAAAGAAGCACAGUUGUGUGUUUUUGCCUUACUGUAUGCUGUAUACCGCGCUGCCUUACCUGCACCACCUACCAUGCAUCACAGUGCUGUCACAAAAAUCCCUCAGAUUUCAUUUUUUAAGCAGACAUGUUUUCUAUGCAGAAAUGCAUGAGCUUCUCUCCUAAACCACCAUGUGGGUAUGUUGGCACAUGCUUCUCCGCUAGGGUUAGUGUGCCAUUACUGAAUGUCAAAAUAACUAAGCAAUUCACCUGCCUUUUUAGCACAGUUAUUUUAAAUAUUGCAUUAAAUUUUUAUAUUUAGUAUUUUUACGUUAACUAAAAUAUAUUUUCAGUAUUUUAAAAAGAAGCUUUUAUUUUUUUAGUACUGUACGGGGGAAAGAAGAAAUAUUUUAAAUCCAUAAAAGCUAUUCCCUGCCAUAACUUUAGUGCAUUUACCUAGAUGUAACUUGGGUGAAGCUGGUCCAGCGAGUUAGCCCUUGCCAUUAAAACAGAAAUAUACACUAUUGCAGUAUAACUGAUGAUAAGUGUGGUAGCCAGCUUUGCUUACUCCUCUCAUAGUCCCUUAGGCUACUGAGCCAGCAAUAUGUGCUCGCUCACAGCAUGCCUGGCAGAAGCAGGUCCCUAGCACCGAGCUGAGCAAUACGAUUUUUCCCGCCGUGGCAGGGGACGCUGUAGCUGUCUCCCUGGGGCACUUGGCAGUUUGGGGACAGACUUCUCUGCUAACUCUCCUUCAGGGAUCUGCACUGUGUAGGACAUAGUCCUUUGCUGGGAUAGUGAGUGGAUCUUAUCCGCCUCUUGGAUAAAGCUUUUCUUUACCGUUAGAUGUUUAACCACAUGGCUUAUGGUAAAAUUAUGUCCGCUUCAAAUAGGCCAGGUUUUGAAAGGACCCCUUGCACGCAUGCGUGCAGUGGCCUGUGCUUUUCUUCAUGCCCAGAGUGACGCCUAUUCAAAACCCACCAGCAAGAACAGACCAGCUGCAAAUUAGGCCUGGCAAGAGCGCACGCGAGGCGGCUGCGCGCAGAGAUCAUGCAGGGGUGCAGCAGGAGUAUUUCGUGAGUCAGCCGAGGGCCGGGGAGCAGCCACGGCAGCUAACGCCUCGCGGCUGGGCCGUGCCUCCGUCGCGCUCCCGUGGUGCCUCCAUCCAGCAGCUCCCGCUGCGCUGGUGGGGUCCCAGCCCUCUUCCUCCAUAGCUUGACGGCCCUGAGCGUGAACAGGGCUUUAAUACCACAGAAAAGGAUGGGCCGGAGUGGGAUUUGUGCUAAUAAUUUUAAAACAGUUUGGAACAUGAAGGAAAGCCAAAAUUCAGGAUGGUCUUGCAACGCUAACAAAGAGAGGAGUUUUCUAUGCAGUUUAGCACUUUUAGAAAACAUUCCACAUUUUAGCUAACGCCAAGCUAUCGUACAUGCUUUAUCAGGGCAUUCGGCUGGUUUGGCUUUCCAGCAGCUGGCAGGGAACUCUCCCAGAGCUCUCCAGGUGCUAACGUUGGGUGAUAAUAUAAGGGUUGGGUUUUUUUUUUCAAAAUUAAACUCAAAAACUCUCAGAUAGAGAGGUGCAGCUGUUCCCUGAUAGAAGAGCUUGCUGUAUUAAGCUCAACAAAAUGAAGGCUGGAAGGGAAUAGGACUGCUGAUUGUAAGUACAUUAUUGGGGGAAACAAAAUGGAGGGAAGAGAACAAUUUAAGCCAAAGGUUAGUGUUGGCCCAAGAACUAAUGAGACUAAUUUAGGCCUGGAAAUCAUGAGAAAGUUAAUUACGGGAGCAGUAUUUCCCAAACUGUAGCAUCACAACUAGCGCUGAAGGGAGCAGCAGAGGAAAGCACCAACUGGUGCGUGGACUUAGAAGCAAAGCUUCUGCAACGUGGUGCUGCAUGUCGGCUACUACAGGGCCAGGGCAUGAACGGGGAGUUCAGGAGAAGAGCUCGAGAAGGGUUGAGUUCGCAGUCACGUUCUGAGCAUCCUUCCGGUGGGAAUGGCAGGAAGAGACAGAGAUCUGCGUUCUGCCUCGGUAAGUUUAUUUCCAUAGGUUUAUGGAAAAGAUUUCUAUAACGGGGCCCUUGUGGCAGCAAGGGUCCCGAGGACCUUUCAGAUGAACUCCAUUUUAAAAUGUUCUUAUCUAACCCCCAAAUCUCUCUGCAAAGAAAUCCCAGUUGUCCCUCUCCUACACGCCAUAGGCUUACUCUUAUCACCAUCUCCCCUGCCAAACCGUGAAGCUUCACUUACACUAGUAAGCUGAGAAAGUCUGUUCACUGGCUGGGGAAAACACUGGCAUUGGCUAAAACCAUGCCAGGGAUCAGGCUCAUAGUUAGACAGCAUGGACAGCUGUGGGACAGUGCUCAAGCCCAUGCCCUUGCUCUUGCUCUUUUAAUUUUACUAGUAGAGGUGCAGUCUUUCAGUACCUGUGCCCACUGCUGCCCUCUCUGUAGGAUGUAGGAAUAGCAUGUGUGGAAAAGAAAGUGCUUUUUGUCACAUUUCUUCAGGAUUGUGAUGAAAACUCUUCACACACCCUUUAAAUAAGGCUUCCGAGUGCAAUUCUUCUUAACAAUAGCUAUGCCCAUGUGUGUGUUCUGCAGGAUUGUUUCAACAGCAAAAAAAUAUAUUAAAAAUAAGCAUAGAGCCUUAGCCCCUAGAGCACCUGCAACCAGACACUGUGCUCUUCUCAGCAGAGAACAAGACGUUGCGAGUAAUGGAGCAAUUUCUGUCUCCCACCAACCUUUUUUAAUCACUCUUACAUAAUUCUGCAGGAAAAGUAGAACCAGUAACUGAGGAAAAAAACAACCACCAAAGCUAGCUAGUGAAGUGCUAAGUGCUAAGGCACAGCCAUACAUCCGGGACAACCCUUUUCUUUCCUCGCCCAGUCCCCACAUUCGCUCUGGCUCGCUACCACACUGAAUACAGGUUUCAGGGACACUCCUAGGUGCUAUUUCCAACAGGUUUCUUCCAAAUUUGCAAUAGCUACACAGCGUCCAUGUCCCCUUACCCCUGCUCCCAGGUGUCGCGUAUUUUAGUCCAGCAGCCAGAGGAGAUGAUUAGAAAAGACUCUCUCUGUGCUCCUCCUGCCGUGCACCCCUGCCUAACCGUAGAGUUGCAUACACCCAUGCUGCCUUGCGUGCGGCAAGCGAAACUCUGAAAAUAGGCAGAUUCUAAAAAUUUGUGCUGAUUUCUGUGUAGACUGUGCCCACACUCCAGUUUUCUUUCAGCAUAUUAGUCCAUCCAUGGUAAAUGUUAGUGCCUUUCUCUCUCGUUCCUGUCCUAAGACACACCAGAAAAUGAGGGUGUCAUAUCGGCAAAGUUUUGAAAUUUGGUGCUAUGUGUACGGAGCCUUUCACAUGCAAGGAAACAGUAAGUUGCUGCAUUUGAGCAUCUUGUGUGUCAGGAGUGGCAUCCAGCCUUGUGACUUUCUCGUGUUUUUUACACUUGAUAGAUUUUUUGGUGAAUACGAUGAAAAUUCGGUGCCCAUGCCGCUUUUCACAGGUUCACUCACUGUCUUUGAGGAGCGUAUUUUAUUAUACAAGGGGUCGUUCUCUCUGCCGUUAGGUUAGGGCCAAUCUUAAUACAGAAAAGCAAGAGAAAACAUGCUGGUUUGGUCUUUUCGCCAACAAACUUAAGAGCACUUACCUGACGCACAACUGAAAACACAUCAGUUGUUAUAUGUGUAUGUGAAUCAUUAACUACACAGUUUGGUUUAAAAGGCCACAUAAAUUAAUUAUGUUUCAUGUAUGAGGCAGUUGAAUAAUGAGGACGAAGUUUAUUCUAAGAACUCUGUUAUGUAGAACCACUUUGCUAGUAUUUUUCUUAUGCCAUAGUUUCAGGAAUAGAUGGAUUUAAUAUACAAUGUGAAUUAGGAGAUAUUAGACUAUUACAGUGAUUUUUGUUGUGUUAUGCUUGAAGCUUGAAUUGAUCUGGAGCUUAGGGACCUAGCAUAUUUAUUGUAUUGCUGCAAAACUAUCUGAAUGUGCUUCUAAAUAUCAAGAUCUUUUUUGAUGUUGACAGGAUUUCACACUUCUCUUAAUGUGUAAAUGAUUUUCUUGAAAUUAGUAUAUUAGAAAAACAGUUUUUCAAAACUGCAGUUGUGGGGGGAAAUUUAAGAAAUAUAUUUUUAGAUUCACAGAGAAUAACAUUUUAUAUACUGAAAUCUUCAGUAACUGACUGUUAAUAAGCUAUCAGUUUUAUUUCUUUUUGAUUAUUAAAUAUUGGCGUAUGCAGAUUACUUUCCCUGAGGAAAAAUUCAGAAAAAGUCUUUAGAAAAGUAGAUGUAAUUUUAUAUGUCUACUUUUCCAAGUUUCAUUUUCAUAUCCUAUUUUUUUGUGCAAAUACACUUUUAGUGUGCAAAAAUAUGACCACGGUUUUAACAGUCGAACUGGAAUGUGUGCAAAUGAGUGCAACUCAAAUAGGGUUUAUUUGUGAGACAUUUAUUUUCUUAUAUCUCUGUUUUGCAAAUUGUUAGAUAAUAGCUUUAGUAUAAUUCCAGUUUCUGGACCAGACUGUAACCAUCAAACCCCAGUAAUUUCCUUUAAAGGAAUAAGAAACUUUUUCAUUGAUUUAAAUGAACUAGGCCAUUAAAGGAGGAAAGAUAUGGAUACGUUAACUGACAAACAUACCUUUGCCAAGUGUUACUUCUCCCCUUUAGUUUGAAACUUAGUAUUUAUUGCAUACUGAUAUGCAAUACAUACGCAGUAUAAGAACCAUAAAAAUACUUAGGAACAGUAUGCAGAUAUAAUAUCAAAAAUAGCUAAAAAUUGCUUGCAGAAACUUGCUAAAAUUUAUUCUUUUAGCUAUAACAAAUGUGUAUGAGUUUAUAUUUUGAAACUGGUAUAUUUUCCAUGAAAAUAUCCUUCAAAAGUUAUGUAUAUAUAAUUCAGACAAUGAUAAUCACCCAAACAGAACUGAAUCAAACAGGAACUUGUGCUCAGAAAUGAUUCUGCAAGGCCAAGUAGACACCAGCAGCCCUUCAUGUGUUCAGUGGAGGCUGACAAUAGUCAGCACCAUGCUUAGAUGAGCCUUUUGCUUUCAGCAGAAAAGCCUAAGGACGCUUUGAGUAAAGUUAAAGGAGAAGUUGCUUUGACUUAAACAAGGCAGACUUUGUCCAAGGAGAGCUUCUGCAACAUUCAAAUAUGUUAAAUUUGCAGCCAUUGUAAAAGGACUGUUCAAAAAAGCUAACAUAAAACAGGAACUCUGACCUCUCUGACCAUAUGACAUUUUUUCUUUCAGAUGAAAUGUUUGAUCUAUGUUAGAAAAUACUUGAUGGCCUUCAUCUUGUCUGCUGUAGGCACACUGAAGUCAGUGAGACUUUUGGAUGUCUAGAGAAAGCAAGGAGAAACUCUGAUAUGGCUCUUUGAUACUGGGUGAGCAUGGUAGAGUAGAUUUUUUUUGUUUCCAAGAAAGGUUAGACAAAAGAUGUUACCUUAAAAAAAAAAAGAGAUGUUUAGUGGAGAUUAAAAAGAGGAUUUUAAGGAACUACUGGGAAAAUAUUGUUGGGAUAAGAGAAAAAGAGGGUAUUUAUAAAGUGAAAAAUGUAAAUACAAAGAAUGUGUAUUAAAUACGCACGGAAACUUAUAUUUUUUCACUGAGCUUACAAAGUUGAUAGGGGUUUAUGAAGAAAAGAACCCAGGUAUGAACUCGUUCUAACUAGCAUCUUAAUGUUCAUUUGCAGUAAAGCUACCUAUACUAUUUCACUGAAAGGAGAAAGGAAAACAGGUGAUGUUAAACUUGUGAUUCACUUCGAUGAUGUCUACAUGAACAUGCUGUAAGACUCUCAAGCUUGUUGCCCAUUUCUGAGCAUACUGAAUGUGCAUCCACACUGUUUAGCUUUUUGCACCUUAAACCCAUCCACAUGCCAGGCAGAUUUUCUAGGAUUCUCACUGAUACUUGAUCCAUUGACAUGCUCACGUUAAGCCCAGCCAACUAUCACUGUCUGUGCCAUCAAGUGGAAAAUGAAUUUUCAGAGUUACUUGAUUGUCAGCUUCCUUCAUGCAAUUACUUAUGAAGAGUUUGCAGUUAACAUUCUGUAAUAGGCAGCCUUUCCUCUUAUUCCAUGUUUCAUACAUAAUUUUAUAUUGCAUUCUCUGACAUGUUCUUCAGAUCCUCAGCCUUAGAGUAAUCAUGUAUUAUGUUAUUCAUCUCCCAGCACACUGAGCUGUGCAGUGUGCUGGCCCUUUACACUCAGAACGAAGCCACGUUCUGCCGCACCAUCAUGCCACAUAAUAAUGGUAGGAGGCAGAUACCGUUUUCUAAUUUUCUUCCUUUUUGUAAAACUGGGGCGGGGGGGGUUAUGUUCUUUCAUUUGAGGAUCUAUCUUGAGUCGCUAGAUGAGGGAGGAAAAUUGUUAAGUGCUACAAAGUUAGGAAAAAUAGGCAGGGAUUAGCAGAGUUAGGACAAUUUUGGGGAGUGAAUUUGAAAAUUUGGAAAAGUUAUGUAUGAGAAGUGCAGGGUUGGGGAAAGACAUUUUUUUCCCACAUUUUGUUUUUGCCUGUCAUUCACUUUCAUAAGCAUAUAAUAAGGCAGCAUUCUUGCACAGGAUUUUAGUCCCAGCUACUUAUUAUGCCACUCAGACUUUGAGUUCUGGAGCAGUUUUCCAAUACAGCAACAGCUCCAUUUUUUAAAUCAGAUUGUUAUAGAAGCUAGAGGGGUUUUUUGUGUGGAUGUAAAAAAAGCUAAUGCUGAUCAGUCUGAGAGCAAAUUCAGCUGUCCAUACAGACACAGCCCGUAGUUCAGCAGCAGCGACGGAGAAGUACAUCUCAAUGCACGAGUCACUAAGAGUGACCAGCAGUGUGCAAUACUAUUGUGCAUGAGGAGCAUUAUUCUACUCCUGCAGUAAACUGUAAACUCUAUGCCAAUCCAAAAUGGCAUUAAGCACUUGGAGUUUGAGGUUAUCCACAUGCCUAAGUGUUUUGCUGGAUCAGUCCAGGUGGAUCACCAUCUUGCAGAAUCGAGUCUGGGAGCUCAGGAACGCUUUCAUGGGCUGUGCAGCAGGAAUGGAGCUUUCCGAGCUGCUGUGCCAACCUGAGAGCUACCAUUAAUUAUUGCCAUGCCACCACCAGGAGUACAAGGCCUUUUUAGUGUUUUGUUGUGUUUAGUGGGUGAAUGACGGGCCAAGUGGCACAGCUGGGCUAAUCUUGGUCCUUCCAUUAAACAUGAGCAAGUAGGCUUGGCACAGAGACAAAUUUCACAGUUCCAGGGAAGGGAAACCUGGUUCUACACAGUAGUCCUCUGGCAUUUGUUAAAUUCAUUUAGUGAGAGAUCUCCCAGCUACUCACGCUGUCCUUUCCUUAUCCCAGAUCAUCCUACUCUGACGCUUUGAAAGGAGCCCUGGGGAGUCUAGUGCUUAACAACCUUUCAACUCCCUGCUUCCUCACUGCAGCAACACUUCAAGACCUAUCACUUGGAUGUGACAUUGCUAAUACUUCUACAGCCACUUAAAAAGCUGUGAAAUAAAUUACCUCCUUGUGACUCUGCAGCCCCCCAGUUUGCAUGCCACCGAUUUGGGCUAUUGUUUUUCCUUGCUCCGCAUUAGGAACUGGGAAUUAAUACAAUCAGACCAUGGCAAAGUGGGUGUUCCUAUUACAUCUUUUGGCUCAAGCAAAAAAUAUGAAAUGGGCUGGAAUAGAUUAGACAAUAUAAUGUGUUUGAUCAGCCAAAACAACUUUUGAUUCAGAACGUUAUUUACUAAAUAUAGAAGAUCCCUGGACAACCUUCUGUGAUUUAAGAUGUUUACAAAAGCAGCCAAUGAUUCUUCUGUUGUACAAAAGUUUUUAACAGAUGCAAAUAAGCCUGGCUCUGCCAGCCUCCCACUGCUGAUCCCUUUUGCCUUCCACUUCCCAGAGAUCACUCUUCCCAGGGAGAGGUUUUCUCCUAUCAUGAGUCAGAGCAACUAUGAAACAGUUCUUAUAUGAAGGUCCCCAACUCUCAAGAUGGCCUGGGUGCUCCUCUAGGGCAUGUUGGCAAUCAAGCUCAUUCAUUUGCUUCCUGCUGUAGUGGUUUUGAGUACAAAGCCCUGCCACAUGUACCAAGCACAGACAGGUGAUACUCCCCCAAUGUAUUCUCCUGAAGAAAAGUCUUUACAGGAUCUACAGGGGACAGUAUGCCAGCUGUUUCUAUGACAGCUGAUGUUUUUGGCAUUUUAAACACCAGUGUUGUAAGGACAUCUGGGAGAAACCUUUCUCACCAUAUAAAAGGAUGACUGUGAAUUAUGGGCAUAUAGCAGCAAAGUGUUCCUUCCAGGUGGAUGAUGGGGUAUCUCUAAAAGAGUCAUCCUUGGUUGGUAAUGGAAAACAAAAUAACUGGGACUAAAAUAAAGCUUAGGUCUGCAGCAUGCUAUUGAAAUACAAAGUGUUUCUCAGUCUUUUUCCAGUAGGACUCAAAAUCCAUCAUGUUUUUUUGCAGGGACUCUAUUUUAAAGUCCCUUGUAAUAAAGUGUAGUUGUAACCAUGGGUUGGGCCCACAGCAAGAAGUGCAUCAGAGUUUGGAUGCUGGCAAGAAGUUUGUGGCAGUGCUGUUGUUUAAGAUGACUUACAGAAGUUCAGUGGAGACUUGCCCGGGGAUAGGGAAGUGCUCAUGUUAAAGUAUUGAUUGCCCUGCACAGGCUGAAGUGAAGAUACCUAUCAUUACACGGUAGAAGAGCUGCAAUGUCUGGAGAUUAGAGGCUGGAGGGAGGGAACCAGAAGCGUGGGUAGCAGAGACUGCAGAGACUGAGCUAUCCUUUCCUUUUUCUCCCUGGAUGUCUAGCAAUCUAGUGUUUUUUCAGCUUUCUUUUGUUUCACCUCCACUACCACUAUUCUUCUUUCUACUGUGUGUCAUUAGCUGAACUGAAAAGCAUUCCUCUAGAUUACUAGCUCAAAAUCAGAGUAGGCCGGCACUGUCUAAAAAUUUUGAUUGCUCUCUGGUGGUCAAUAUUAGUUGCAUCAGUUGUCUCGGUUUAGAUUCCAGCAAAGAGAAUCCAGUAUCGUGACACUUUCUUUGUACGCAGCACUAGUUAAUACCCUCACUGUCAUUCUCUGCAGUGUUCAAAAUCUCUCUUCCUGGCAAUCAAACUCCCUUCCUACAACCCACUUAGAGUCAUGACAAUGUGGGCAAAAGAAGUUUACACUACGGUGGUGCUUUUUGAUAAACAGUGUGAGCCAGUUCCAGUUGAAACAGGGCCUAAAAGCAUCUCUAGCAAUCUUAGUCACGUGCCUUUCACAGGCAAGACAGUCACUUUUGUUGAAGUAAGAAACACAUUUUAAAAUACUUAAGAUAGAGAAAAUAUAAAGUUGCCAUGUAUUUUUCUGAAAGAAUCUGUUUUCUACACAAAGCUGUAUGAUUUUGGCACUGAACUCAAGCCCAAAGGCACACACUUAUUCUUUCCUUUCCAGUCUUUAAUUUCUUUGUAAAUUCUUUUGCAAGUGUUCUGAUUAAUGUAUUUAUGGUCCACUUUGAUCCAGUUUUUAAGUGGUCUAUUUCUGACAUUGAAUCUCAUAUGGAUUUUAUUUUUAAUGUAACAUUUAGCUGCAUUACUUUGAACAGCUUUAGAAGUAUAAUGUCUUUGAGUGCUCUAAUUAAUGAAAAAUUAUACCCUCAAAAUGAUAUCUUAGAAGUCGAACUGUAUACUUUGGAAGUGAUGUUUAUAUUAUAACUCCUGAAAGCAUCGCAGUGUGCUUUCAUCUGUAUGUCUGUCUACUACUUUCUGUAUAACAGUGUAUAUUUGUAUUUCCUCACUUGCUUGAUAUUCGUCAGUUUGAAGGCCUGAGUAUGCAAACACACGAAUAUUGUAUCUCAUUUGAGCAGUCCCGCACAGCUGAGAGGGGUUACUCAUGUGGAUAUACUUGCUCACAAAAGCAUUUGCAGAAAAAGGCUUUCAUUUAGUAACUGAUUGUAGUUGUGAGGACACAUGGUUAAUAACAGCACCAAGACAUCAGUAAAUGGGGUCAGUGUUUCUUGAAAAUGUGGACACAUUUAUUUCCAAGUUAUUUGACAUUAACGUAAAUUAUUGCUAUUAUAAUUCAGUACAAUAUUUGUUAUGAAAACACACUAGUCCUGUGAAAGGGUAGUUGCCAGAAAAUGUUUUGAGUCUCGCUGCUUUAUGUUUAUUUGCAUUUAGUAUACAUUUUGGUUGUUGAAAUGAAGCUAGUUUCAUAGAGGCAGAAAGCUAGAUCAGUCAAAAAAUUCAUAAAUAAGCUUCAUACUGUACAUUGAGUUUUGCAACUAGAAUACUAUGCGUGUUCAGAUGUAUUUUUUAUGCUUUAGGGUAUUUUUGUUUAUUUUAAUAUGUAAAGGAGUAAGCAGAUUACUUUGAACUGCUAUUGUAGAGCUAAUUUUACACAUAGUGGGGGAACGUUGUCUAAAAAUUUAAACCUAAAAAACAUUACAUAGGCUGCCUUCGGCUUUAUUUUGUUUGUAGUAGUUCCAGCAGGUAUCUGUCAAUUCCAGAUGCUUAACCAGAGCACAAGUUUGUCUGGCAUCUUGCAACUGAAGUAAGUUUUUUGCAAUGAUAAAAUUGCCCUUCUUUGUUUUAAAUAAGAUUUUUGGAUAAACAAAAGCAUAAAGGCAGCAAAUUUAGAUUUUUUGUGCAUGGACAAUUGCAGGAAAUAGGACUGGAGUUUCGAAGAAUUUAAAAUUUUUAGUGUAAUUUACUCUUGUUGUAACUCCACUGACUACAGUUGAAUUAAACCAAGAUUUUGACCCUGUCAGUUCAAAAAUUUCAGUGUCAGGCAGCUCAGGUCUAUAUAAAGAAGCUUAGUAAGUCAGCAAGAAUACUAUAAAAAUGGUAAUGUGUGACAGAAAUCUUAACUCUAGUAACAUUUUUCUCAAAAUUUCAAUUCAUUACUUUUUGAUACAAAAGCUCAGAAGUGCACUUCUUAGUGGCAUUGGAAUAGGUGGAGAAAGGCAUGAUGCUGGUACAGAAAUGUAUCCGAAAGAAGAUUCAGUUCUUACUACUCCAGCCACUCCAUGUGUGCCUAUCUUACGUUACAGAUCCCACUGAAGUUAACAGAAGAACUGUGUAAAGUUAAGCCUGUGUGUAACCCUUAUGGCAUACUGGUUCUGAAAUCUGCAAGAUACAUAAAUAUUCUCAAAAGACAUUAUUAAAACAUCUGUUUUCAGGGUUACAGAGUAUUCUGAGCAGUGGGGCCAGCAUCUGGGACACAUCCAGAGUAACUUUAUUAACUGAUGUUACUUCAGAUUAACAUUCAUUAGCAAAUCAAAAUCUGCCUCAGUAUCUUUAUUCCUCAGUAUGAUUUUACAGAGAAUAACAUGGAAAGCAUUUAAAAAGUUAAAACAGCAUAUAAUGCUGCACACUUGACACUUUUUUUUUGGUAAUAAAAUAUCAUUUGCUCUGGAGAUGUCUAGGAUGUGAUAAUCGAGGAAAACAUGAAAAGCAGUUUCAAUUAUUUAAUUCACCUUAGGACAUAUGCUCAGCUGCUGAAAAUCAGCAUAGUCCUGUUGACUUCUACAUUGUAUCAGCUCAUACCAGCAAAGCAGCUGGCACUUAGCAUCGCAAGUCACUUUACCUACAUAUGCAGUAGGAUUUUAUUUUGCAAGGUGGAAAGUUACCUAAGGUGCAAACUGUACUACCUAGACGACCGUUGAUACCUAUUCACAGGACAUGAUUUCACUGUAUCACUUCAUACUUGAAAUUAAUGAUGUUAUUUUAAUCAGGGUACAAACAUGAAAAGGUGCGUGUGUUACUGUUUCUUUUAAAGGUGCAUCAUUAUUUGUAUUCUGUGUGCUUAAUAAUUACUAUUCAGUGUUCUUUAUAUUCUUUUCAUUCAUCAUUAAAAUCACCUAUGUGUGAAACAGUGUCUGUAUCAUCUACAGAGGUACAGAGAAAGGUAACGGUGAUUUAUUGAAUUGUUACUUAAAUAUACUGGUUUACCUUUUAGUCAUAAAUACUGCAUCAAGGGGCUACAAAAUGCAAACUGUGGUAUAGAAAAGUAUUGCACCAUUGCUGUACAUGAAAUCUUGCAGUCUCUCUCCUCUUCUUGCACAGCUGCUGAUUACCAUAUACGCAUUGGAAAAAAGUAUGUUUCUACUGUACAGAAUGGCUGGGAAAUAAUACAGACACCUUAGAAACUCCAGAGCUUUCUUUGCAGGCUUUCAAACAAAGCCCUUUGAUCUAACUGCAUGCUUGCUCUGUGUCCCAAAUUUCACCCUGUGAGGCUCUCUGCUUUAGGAACACCCUCAGCUGGGGCUACUUUACAGUGACUGCAUUGAAGUUCAUCAGAGCAUACUCUUUCAAGCAUGCACCUUACCAUAUAACAUUCUUUAGCUUUUACAAGUUUGUAAAGAUGGUGGACUGCAAAAAUAAUCAUGCGUCAAUACGGCAAAAUUAAAUUAAGGCACACAGAGGGUUAUCAAUAUUGUAUUAUAUCAGAAUUACAGUCCUUUGGAACUAAACGUUUUGCUGCUGGCAGUGCAAGAAAAGUGUGUAUUUAUUGUUGGGUGCUGAGGGUUCAGUAAUGAAAAAUCAAUAUAAUAAAAAUUUUCACAGUGUCAAGUUAUUUUAGUUGUUCCCAAAUUAUUGGAAAGUAAAAAGACAAAAAAAUAGUUUUGUAUUUAAAACUGCUUGCCUGAAGUUUACUUCACUUUUCUAGCUAUACUUCUCUUUUAUCGAAAAUGUAAAAUGAAUACAAAUGCAGUAAGUAUUGUAUAUUAAAUACAGAAAAUUA